GCCACAUGCAGGCCAGUCCUCCCUUUUUUUCUGAUGCUAUUUUUCUGAGGGGUUUUUUUUCUCCUGUUAAAUUACUACAAUCAUUUUUAAAUCUUGCUGUGGAGUUUUUUUUUCACCCCUCGUUUUUUUUUUCGUUUUUUUUUCAUAUUCAUUUUGCUUAACGGACUUCUAAUCUCAAAAACUAUGCAUUGCACUUUGUGCAGAUUUUGCCUACAUCGUCUAAAAUUUGCAUGUAAAUUUAUUUUUACUUGCUUUGAUGGGACCCCGACGGGUCUUUAAUAAAAUAAUUGAAUUGAAUUGAAUUGAAUCUUGACUGCACGAAGUCUUUCCAUUGUGUUUUUCAGCCUUGUUGCACUGCAGUGUUGGAUUCAUGUUUCUCUGUAUACAAACACCGGGAUCCUUUCUGCGAAGAUUCCGCGGGGAGUCUUAUAUCUCUCAGGUGAUAUGUUUUUAGGCUCUCAUUUGAAUGAGAGUUGGUUGGACGCAGAUGAAGGACGGCACACUUCUGCACAUUGAAAUUUAGAAGCCAUUUCUCCGACCAUGCUUGCGAUCGAUGCAGAUUGUUUUUAUGGUCCUCUGAUUGUAAGGACUAUUAGUGACUUGCUAGAGCUUAGCGUCGUCGACAAACAUUAUUUUGCCACAGACGAGUUCCUGAAGGCUGUCAUCAGCAUAAAGGAUGAAGAGCAAUGGUCCCAGAGCAGAACCCUGAGGCAAACCACUAGUUACGCUCACCCAGUUUGACAUAUCAUCUACGAUACAGACACGUUGUUUCCGACCAAUCAGAAACGCCCUAAUCCAGUCCAGAAGAUCGUCCCGGAUGCCGAUGGCGCUCAAUUUAUGAAGAAGGCAUUGGUGUGGGACAGUGUCGAAUGAUUUGCGGAAAUCGAUUUACAUGACAUCAACCCCAAAACCCUCUUCUAAAGCCUUAGUUCAGACCUCCAGACUAGGCAGCAGACUUGAGCGGCAGGAACAUCCUCUCCGGAAGCCAUAUUGGAAAUCCUGCAAGAUGCUAUUUUCUUCACAAAAUUGCUGUAUAGCGCUCUUUAUUAGAGCUUUAAUCGUAUUGCAUGAGAGGCAAGUUAAGCUAAUAGGCCUGAAGCUGCUUGCUGCCAUCCUGCUAGCUCCCUUAUGUAAGCAAACGAGGUUAGUUGUCUUCCACUGUGAUGGCAACCUUCCUGUUCUCAUUGACAGUCCAAAUAGAGUCGAAAGAGGCUUUCACAGCUCCGUUGAUAGCUCCUUAAGUAUCAGCCCAGGAAUUCCGUCGGGUCCAGGAGACUUAUCUGGUUUUAUUUGAGUGAGGACGCGUCUUACUUCGACAGAAAAGGCAACGGUUUCAGUGACGGGAGUACCUUGGCGCAUUUAGAACUCCCGGCUGGCUUGGCCAAUUUCAAACUGCGGAUUGUCUUCUGAGGACUCCUCCGUAGGAACCGGUUGAACAAAAUGAGAGAGCAGUUGCGCAUUCUGUGGCCCUUCGACUAACAAGUUUCCGAGGCCAUCCUUUAGACGCGCAAUUUCGUCCCUAUGUUUCCUCCUACUGCGGAUGUACCCGUAAAACUUCUUGGGACAUGUAAUGGAUUCUGCUAUCAGUCGGCGCUCGGAUGAAGUUCUAGCAACCUGUAUUUGUUUGCGGUAUUUCAUUUAAUUUAAUUUAAUUUAUUAUUAAAUGCCAGUUUACAGGCAUUGUCAAGGGAAGCGAUUAAACACAAAUCCGACCAGCAGUGAGAAAAAAACUCCUAAGGAAUAAAAAUAUAGUUGAUGGUGGUUUUUAUGGUUUGGAGGGUUUGGAGGGUUCAGGAGAAAAAAAAACUGCUGGCGGUAGAUUUUCGACCGUCAAGAAGGGGGGAGGGGGUUACACGGUAUCGGACAUUAUCGGACAUCAAUUCCUUUCAUGAAGUUGGGGAUAGCCAAAGUAAAGGCGUUGAGGAACAGCUGGUGAGACCGGCCAUAGUGUUCAGAGACCACAAACGCCAUCGCUACGGUAGAGUCCAUCAGUGGAUUCAGCACCCAAAAUUUGAGGAAGCUUUUCUGAAUGCAAAAAUCGAGUAAUAGUUCUCUUAAAUAAAGGAUAAUUUUGCAGAGUUUUCACACUCAUGGGUAGUUUAUUCCAAAUAGCAAUUGCAUUCACAGAAUAGAACCGAACAUAUAUUUAGCAGUACGUGCCAGAGGCAGAAAUAAGAAGACCUCACGGUGACUGUUACGUCGUGGGUGGACAUGGUGCCUUAAAGAGGUGAGUGGAUGAAAUGUGUGAUUAUAUAAGAGUUUAAAUAGCAAAAAUAGUCCCUUUUGUAAUCUACGGAACCAUAAAGGAUCGAGGCCUGUAAGCCGGCAACGUUCUUGGUAAGACAACUGUCGGUGUUCCGCGGCUAAAAUUCUCUUGGUAAAAAAGUGUUGAAUGGAUUCUAUUUUCUUCCGCUCAGUAGCACGCAUGAGGCUAAAUGAAAACGAACAGUAUUCCAGACCAGGUCUAACGAACAUGUUGAAAAGGCGCAUUCUAAUGUCCCUAGUUUUAAAAUUUCGGAGGAUAAACCCGAUCGUUCUACGUGCUUUGGAGACUAUCAAGGCACAGUGCUCCGAGAGAUUGAGACUCUUGGAGUAUGAUACGCCCAAAUCCUUUAUAACCCCUGGCACAUUUAUUGCGUGACCUUCAAUACUUAGUUGAGGUUGGCGGUCGUCGCCAACCACCAUGACUGAGCACUUAUGCCAAGAAAGAGAAAGGCGCCAUGUGCGGCACCACUGGGCGAAAGCCUGUAGAUCGCUCUUUAGGAGCUCAAGCACGAUGUCAUAAUCUGCCGGCUUAUAUCGAUAUGCAACUUUAAGAUCAUCGGCAUACAUGAAAGGCUUACCAUUCUGAAAUAAAUCGGGUACAUCAUUAACGAAAAGGCAAAAUAAAAGCGGGCCGAAUACACUACCCUGAAUGAUUCCACUCCUCACACGUGUGGGGUUGGAGAUGGUAUUGGAAAUCUUAACUCGUUGUGUACGAGUGCCCAGGUAAGAGGAUAUAAAAUUCAAAAGUUUGCCACCUAUUCCGAAAGAGGACAAUUUCAAGAGGAGAAGAGCAUGGUCAACACGAUCAAAUCUGUAGUGAAAUCGAAAUAUACAGUGUAAAGUGCAAAACCAUUGUCCCUAGAUCGGAGAACAUAGUCAAAGAAAGAUAGAUAGAUAGAUAAUUUUUUAUUAAACACCCGUCGGGAUCCCAUCAAAGCAAGUUAAAAUAAAUUUACAUGCGAGUUUUAGACGAGGUAGGCCGAAUCCUUACAAAAUGCAAUUCAUAGUUUCUGAAUUAGUAGUCCAUGGAGAAACAUGAUGAUUGAGGAGUGAAAAAAAACUCCUUAAAAAAAGUUAAAAAUGAUUGGAUUAAUUUUACAGGGGAAAAAACCCUCAAUAAAUAUAAUGACAGAAAAAAGCGAGCAGGACUGGCCUGUAGGUGGUGGUAUAUAACGGAAUGUUGUCGGUCAUCGACAGGGUAGCAAUAAAUCUCAGCCUUGAGGGGUACGAAUGUGGGUCAGAUAGGACUGGCUUGCAUAUGGCAUUGUAUACGGGAUUCACAAUUGAGAUCGUCUGGGUCGGAUUGAUACGCCGCGUCAAAGAGGCCAGACGAGAGGAACUCAGAUGCGAUCGGCCACAGCAAGCUUCCAGCUCAGCCGAGCAGUGGGGAAGGGAGGUACGACCGAACUACUAGUAGACAGUGAAUACUGAGGGUUCCGCCGUGAGCGCCGACAGACCGCAUGAGGUCGGAAUUCGGGAGGUGACAUCCAAAACCGCGAAAAUUGUCGCUAUGGGGGAGGAGUGAUAGCAGCGGGUUUAGAAACCAAUGCAAAACAGGGGUUUCUAAUGAUAUAAUUAAGAGUUACCACUUGAUCUACCACUAAAUCCCAGGAGGACCCUUCUCGAAGUCAAGAAUCUGAGUGUUCGGGAAGGAGACCGUUAACAGGGCCUUUAUGCUUUCCGGUGUAAGAUGUUUGCGCAAUUUCGACUUGAAUACCAGUAACUUAGGCGAUAAUCUAAUUUCAGGCGGAAGAUUAUUCCAAAGGAAGGCAUAUUUGAAAGCAAAGAAGAGGGAGCGCUUAGAUGUAGUACAAAGAGGCGGCGGAAUCACCAUGCAAGAGGUGCGCGUGGCAUAAGACCGAUCUCUCGGAGUGAGAGUAUCGAUGAGCGAAAGAUUGGAGCUAGAAUUGAUGCGAAAAGGGAGCAAAGGCCAGAUUCGAGUCUUCUUACCCACAAAAAUUUAAUGUUCGCCAGCUGACAUCUCUGAGAAUAAGAAAUACUGGACGAAGCUUCAGGGAACAGAUUCCGGGUGAAAACCCUCUGAACAUUUUCGAUUUUAUUACGGUCGCAGGCGUUCAUUAAACCGAAGAAAGGACAGCAAUAUUCGAGGACUGGAAGAACAAACAUUUGAUAAAGUCUUAGCUUCAUUUCCGGAAGGAAAAAAUUAUGCGAUAUGAAUCCACAUAUCUGCGCGGCUUUGGCAGAGAUUCUAUCUGCAUGAGGUGAUAAGGCAAGUUUAUUUGUAUAAGUUAGACCUAGGUCCUUUAUGGUGAGGCAUUCUGAGAGUGGGUUAUUCUGAAAAAUUAUGGGACCAGGAAGUUUGGUAGGACCAAAAGACAUGAAAUUACACUUGAGUGAUGAAAACUCCAUCUGCCAUGUCCAACCCCAUCUGCUUAAGCGUAGUAAAUCGGCAUUAAUUUUUUCAACACAAACAUUUGCGGUGUCCAUAGAGUAUGAGUAAACACACUUGAGGUCAUCGGCAUAAGUAAAAGUUUGCGAAUUUCCGAGUCCAGUCGAAAUAUCAUUGAUGUACAGAAGAAAGAGUAGCGGACCCAGAACCGUGCCUCGAAGUACGCCACUCGUGAUCGGGUGGGGUGUCGAGUAGCUAUUACCGACCAUGACUUUCUGAUAUCGGUUGAACAGAUAUGACCUGAUGAAGUCGAGUAGAGACGGCCGGAUGCCGAGAGCUUCCAAUUUCACUAAAAGACGUCUAUGGGGCACCUUGUCAAAGGCUUUGCUAAGAUCAAAGUAAAUAACUACCACUGACUGCCGUUCACUACGAAGAGAAGUGAUUAGAUUAAGAAAAGCCAAGUGACAUGUUUUGCAGGAUCGUUCAGGUAAAAAUCCAUGCUGACUAGAGCUCAGAAGCCGAUUAGUUAGACAGAAGUCAAGAAUUUCAUUGAAAAUAAUCCUUUCAAGAAGUUUUGCUAGAGACGGCGUUUUGUGCAUGCGCCGAUAGUUAUUAACAUCGGACCGAGAUCCUGACUUGAAGACGGUAAUGAUUGUUGACGUUUUCCAUGUUUCAGGAAAGAAUCCUUUUGAAAUAUAAACCGAGAAUAAAUGACUGAGCAAUAUGGGAAAGUCGGACGCUUGUUUAAUAAUCGAAUUUGGAAUCCCGUCCGUUCCUGAGCAGUGUGAGUAUUUCAAACGGCUUAUGUGUUUCUUAAUGAGAUCUGAGGAGACAUCAAUUGUACUAAGUGUCCUGUCUGAAAGUGAUUGAAAGAAAGGCACCGGAUCGGACUCGGUAGCAAGGUGUUUUGCAAAGAAAGCACUAAACAACUCCGCCUUGUCAGUGUCAUCGGUGAGGAAGACUUUGUUAUCAUUUAGCAGGGGUGGAAGUUCAUGACCACGCUUAGAGGAGGACCGAUGACGGAAGAUGUUAGCGACCGAUUUGCCAGGGUUCGAACCACUGAGAUCAAUUGAUUCUCUUUGCCUGUCGCGCGCUUGGCGCAUCCUUGAGGCCAUCUCAAAAAUCUCUGUGAUUCUAAGAUGAACUGAUACAGAACUAGUGGGUAGGUCACGCAGUUGUCGCCUCAACUUAUUUAGUCUAUUCUGAAGAAAAUGAGGAACAAGGGAAUCUAAAGAAUUAGGCUUGAGAUAUCUACGCGGCACAAACUCUAGAAUGUCCUUGGAAACAUUGGACGUGACAUCACGAAGAAUGGUUGCAUCGCUACAAGUGAGGAAGCCACACCAAUCCAAGGAUCGCAUAUAGUUAUUUAUUAAGUCGCUAUCUACGCAGUCGUAGUUCAUGUAAGUCCGAACGGCGCUUGUCUUUUUUGAAAAGGCAAGCGGUAAGCAACAAUGAAUUAAUACGUGGUCACUGUCAAAGAGGUCCUUUUUAAAGCAACAGAAAGAGGAGCAAUGUCAUUGGUAAAGAUUAGAUCUAAAAUGUGAUUAUCUCUUGUUGGAGCGCGCACCAGUUGGGACCAAUUAGAAAAAUUGACAAUAUCUUGAAAGGGCUGGAAUCUGGGUGGAGAGCUAUUGGAAACCCAGUCUUUUUCAGGGAGGUUAAAAUCCCCAGUGAUUAUUUUAACAUCGAAAGCAGCUUCCGAAAUUAAUUUAAAGAUUUCACAGAGUUGAGAAUCAUCACUGGCUAAAGAAUUUGGAGGAUUGUAGAUACAGCCAAUAAUUGCCUUUCUUUGCGGUGAGAGAAUAACAGAUGCAAAGCAGAAGUUUCCCGUGAAUGAGGAAACAUCCAAGUAAUAGGGAGAGUGCUUUAGGUAGGAUUUAAGAUAAAGAAGACAACCACCCCCACGCCUAGUCGUGCGGUCUUGGCGGUAAAAAUCGAAGUCAUCUAUGAGAAGGGCAGAGUCAGGAAUUAGAUAAUGGGUCCAAGAUUCUGUUACACAUAUAAUAUCAGGCGUAAUUUCCAGAGCAAUGGCUCUGAUUUGGACCAUCUUGUUUAUAACUGACCUGGCAUUCAAUAAUAUAAUAUCUAAUGUGUUUCGAACGGCAAUGCUAUGUUCGACGGUAUUUUAAAAAAAUUGGAGGUGGAUAUGUAAGCUGUGAAUUAAUGACACUUGGAGAAUAAGUGCCAGUUAAGCUAGAGUUAUUGACGUACGGGGAGUCAGCAAGAGAAGGCUGAGUAUGAGACCUAAAGGAUGUAGGGAUAUAGUUUUCAAACAUUGGAAUGCUAGGGGAGUUAGAACAUGGAUAGACUUGUUGGUAGUUAAAUAGUGGAGGACGGGGAGGAGAAGGGAGGCUAGAAGAAAAGUAGGGGCUAGUGGGUGAGGGUAGGUCGCUAUUAGAAUGAAGGUGUGAGAAACUAGGUCUAGGUUGGAAGUCAAAGGAGAAAGGUUGACGUACCUGAGAGCAAUUGGCCUAAAGUGGUGGGAAGCCUGAACUAGGUUGGGGCAUAAAUGAUUUAGGGCAAUUCAUGUAUGAAUUAUUUGCUGGAUAUAUAGUAGGGCUUUGAUAAGUAACCGGUACGCAGGACAGAGAAUUAUUCGGGGAUAUAAUUGGAGCUGCGGGGUUUGUAGACGUGCUGGACUGAACAGACUUGUUAGAUAUAAGAGAAGGCGUCGUACCCUUAAACGGAACUGUACUACCUAUCAUUUGGGUCGGAGUCUGAUUCAAUUUUCGAGUCUCACCGUUCUGACGCCAAGCCACUGGUGACUUAACUGUAGACCUUACAGCACCCAGUUGGACAACAGAAGUUAUCGGUCUAGCUGAUGUAGACGGAUUUUCAUGUGUCUCAGCGGGACUAUCCGGAGGAUACGAAACGACAAAUGGGGAUGCUGCUGCUGCUGCCGCUGCUGCUGCUCCUGCUGCUGCUGCUGCUGUUGCUGCUGCUGCUGCUGCUGCUGCUGCUGCUACUGCUGCUGCUGCUGCUGCUGCUGCUGCUGCUGCUGCUGCUGCUGCUGCUGCUGCUGCUGCUGCUGCUGCUGCUGCUGCUGCUGCUGCUGCUGCUGCUGCUGCUGCUGCUGCUGCUGCUGCUGCUGCUGCUGCUGCUGCUGCAAGUUUAGGGGCAGGCAAAUGAGUCAAGUGGCUUGAGUGAGAUGGAGAUGAAGGAGAAAGAGGAAGGAGGGAGUCAGAUGUCGCAGGAGUAGGAGAAGCUGAAUCCUUACGGCCACUUGUAUUAUGACCGAGUUGGGGAGCAUUAAACUGAGAAGCAGUGGGUUUACGUGAGAAUAGAGACCCGAUUCUACGCUGCAUAGGAGUAAGAUCAUGACAAAGGAAAAAUUUUGCCUUUUCUAGGUACGCAGUGACACGCCCUCGAUGGGUAAAGAUUGUGUCAACCUCGAUUGAUGAAAAAAAUUUGACUAAGAUGGGUGGAUUUUUGCUACGGGCGGACAGGCGUUUGGCAUCGGCUAUUUUGUUGUUGAAACCACAUGAAUACAGGAAAUUGGUCGCAACAUCAAUUGGCCGAGCAGAUCGAGGAACAUUUUUUAGCAGAAAGUUGUAAGAACGCUUCUGUCUAUCACUAGAUUAACUGGCGAUCAGGUGAAAAAGUGAGUCGAGACGCCUGCAUUCUUCAGAGGGAAUAUCGGAGAUGUUCCCGUCGAAUAAAUGUCCAAGAAUUGUCAGCAAAGAGCCAAACUUUAGCAUAAAGUCAUUGCAGUGGUCAAGUGCAGACAUAUCAAGCUGCCGACCAAUUACAACGGGUAACGACUGACUAGUAAUAUCAUCUGACUUAGAUUUAGGUAAAGCUUCUGACUUACGUUUAGUUAGGCCGUGCUUACUUACAAGAGCCGAGAGCUUACGUCAACCAGUGACUUUUGGUCUCAUCUUGUCUUGAUGCAAUUUGUGAUUAAGAAAACUUCUGGCAGACAAGUUGACUGAAUUUCAGCUAGGGGCUAACGACAGUUAGAGCGAAAUCGGAUGCACAAAAUGAGAAUUGCAGAGUGCGAUUAGUGAACAACGGGCAUAGACUAGCAGAACUCAAAAGGAGAUGGCAGCAGGCAGUUCUUAGAGAAGAGGCCUGUAUUUAAGGAAAUUCAACCAAAAAACAGGUACUAAAAUCGUUAGGUCUCACAGAAAAACCACUUAAAAUAAUAUCCUCCACUUAUCUUCAAAUUUAAAACCAGCGGCUUGACCUUAAAAUAAUAUCCUCCACUUAUCUUCAAAUUUACAGUUGACAGGUGUCACAAGAUCGAGUUUUGAGGAAUCUAUGCUGAGCAGCACUCAGUAGGUUAUUCACUGUUAAGUGACACAUCAUCUUAUCCUUGAUCAAUGUCUCUAAGAUCUUCGAAACUGCGGGGAGGGUGUUUAUUGGCCGAAAGUCAUCAAAUGAUGUAGAUUUGUCGUGCUUUUGAAUGGGCAAAAUGUGUGAUUCCUUCCACAAGGUAGGGUAAGUUUCACUUUCAAGAGCAAGAUUAAAUAUCUUGCAUAAGAGGGAUGGGAAGAUCGUGUUUGCAUCGGCUUUUAAAAUGUUUACUGGGACACCAUCAGGUCCUGGACUAUAAGAUUGACGAAAACGCCGAAUCGCAACAGUCACAUCCCACAGAGUGAAAGUUAUCGUUUCUAGAACUGCCCCGGUCAAUGACUGGAUGGUCGGAAGCGGAGUGGUCGAGUCUUCAAUGAACGUUUUGGACAGGAAAUCAUUGAAGCUAUCAGCGGUUAAUUGGGCAUCAACUAUGGGAUUUCCGAGAGCGUCUCGGAGGAUGGGAUGCUGCGAAAUUCGGGGAGUUCGUAUUUUUCUAGAGAAAAGUUUCGAGACAUUUAACGAAUGGUUUUCGGUAAACUGGACCUCUUCGGUUAGCUGUUUUUCUUCAGACAAUCUCUUAGCUCGAUCAAAAAUAUCACGAAUCAAGGGCAGUAGAGAAACAUCGUUCUGAAGAUGGAAACGACGAUAAAGCCUGCGCAAUCUGCGGGGAAAGGGUAAGGGUAGGAAAACCCCAGCCCCAACAUUAAUAAUUUUCUUACGGGGGACAAAACAAGAAAUAAGCGGAUCCAAAAUUUCGUACAGAUUUGCAGUGCAAAAAUUUACAUCCGAACUAAGGAAGAAAUCAGUCCAGUCUUAGGAAUUAAGCUGUGUUAAUAAUUCGGUUGAACGAGCUGAUCGGAAAUUGCGGAAAAAGCUAUACUUUGGGGACGACGUUUUGUCAGCCUCGAAUUCCAACGUUGAAACAACUAUGUCAUGGUCUGAGCCCCCGAGUGGGCCCUAGGGAUGACACUGACGAUGGCAAACAGCCUCUACAGAAAAUUAAGUCAAGUAUACUUGAGCCUCGGGUGGGAAAAUCAACAACCUGAGUCCACAUCCCGACAUCCACAGCCUCAAGAAAGUCAUCGAACCUUCUUGGGCCGGAAGGCGGAGACCAGCGGACUUCGGGGAGAUUAAAGUCACCCGCAACCAAUUGACACUGAAAGCUUGAGUCGGCCGCAGCAUGAAAUGCCUGUGAGAGUAAACGAUCAAAAUUGUCGUUGGCGUUGGGCGGGCGAUAGACACAGCCAACAAGUAAGGAGAACUCAUUUUUUAGUGUAACCUGGAGCCAGCAGCUGCCUUCUACUGCGGAAAAAUGCGGGAGGUCCAACGGCAAAAAUGUAAGUGUUUGCUUAACGUAGACGCAGCUGCCCCCACCACGGCUAUCUUGGCGAUCGUUUCUGAUGCAAUUAUAGCCUAGAAGCGAGAGUUCAGAGUCAGCUACUGAGGCUGAUGCCCACGUCUCAGUUACUAAAACAAUAUCAGGACAAUGGACGAACACCAGAGUCUGAAGCAAAGGCAUCUUAUUAAGCAAAGAUCUGGCAUUUAAAACAAAAAGUUUGAAGGGAAAGGCUGUUUGUUUCUGAGGGAGGUGGGCUACAUCGUCCAGUUCUGGGCUGUCCAUGGACCAAAUGGUCCGGAUGCAACCAUCCGGUUUUGCAAAAAAAUUUGUGGCAUCGAAAAAUUCUGACGUUGAUAAAAAGGUGUAGGACUUGGAGGAGGGAAUGACGGGCAGGUGAACUGGUGACCAUUGUUAGCUAACUUAUUUUCAGCUGGAAAUCCGCUGAGCAGAUACUGCAACGUAUUCCCGCCAGAACCAAACUGAGGAUUGGAUGAGUUAACUGAUUCAGUAUGGACAUUAUCAUGAGGAAAACAUUGGUAAAACGGCCGUGGAGAAAACAAGUUAGGGAGUGGAGGACGCAUUGUUUCCAUUGGAGCAAGAGUUUUAAUAAACGGCAGAAAAAUCGGCAUAUUCGGCCUAAAUGCCUCGAUAUGAGGGCUGGGGGGGGGGGGGCAGUUGCGAACCCGCUACGUUUUGAGUCGGGGUAUUUGAGGCACUGUUAGCCGAUUGUGGAGGAAACGAUUUUAUAAUGGUGCUGUAUUUAUUGGGUGUCCGAGUGGCUGAGACAGCAAAUGGAUUUGCCUUUGACUUAGACACAUGCUUAGGCUUACUAGGGGUUGCUGGGGGAGUUGAUAGAGGCGUGUUUAUACCAGGCGUGAUGGUGUGUUUAAAGAGCUCAGCAUUAAAAGUAGUCGAAUUCCCUACGGAAUUGACUAUGCCGUGAUGUGCAGAUGUCGCAGAUGGUGUUGUGGAGGACUUAUUCAGACUGACAGUAGGUGUCAUUAUCUUGGUACUGGUUUUUGACGAUUUAAAUUUAUUCAGUCUUCGCUGCAGGGGUGUGAGGUCUGGCGAAACGGAGCAGCGCCAUUUACGGCAGAAGUCUCUAGUUAUCUCCCUACUCGACAAGAUAAAAUCAACUUCUAUCAUGGAGAAAAGGGUAACUAGUAUCGGCGCAUUACAGCUAAGCGAGCGAAGUCGCUUAGCUUGUGCGACACUGAAACUCAAGCCACAACUUUGUAGGAACACGUGCGCUCCCUCCAUAGCAGAUAAGUGACCCGGAAUGUUUCGCAGUACGAAAUUAUGCUUGCGCUUAAUUCUUUCCUCAGUUUCCGAAUUUAAUACCCCAAUAAGUUUAAAAGCUUGUUCAAUUACGUUUUCCAGAAGUGCUGUUUAUGUCGCCAUAAAUCAACUGGUCGACUAUUUCGCCGGCUGAUGGCCUGCUACGACUAGUAGAGGCGUAUAUUUGGACGACUGAAGGAUCGAGAGGUUCUACAUGUACUAAAGGAUUUGUGAGUUAAUCAGAUCUGCGGACGGCGAAGGACAUACGCUGGCACCUACUAUGUCUUCGGUCACGAUUUUAGCACCCAGAGACGGUGGGGAGGCCGCAAGCUUUCACCGUUUAGAACGUGCUCUGCGGGGAAUUACAGACAGGAAAAGUUUUUCGUUACAGAAGAAGGGUCAACACGUUGCCAACGUACGGAAAAUCGCACUUAAUAGCAAGUGCUACUGUUACUUAACUACGAAAAAUAGUAGGGAAAGGAGUCAAUACAAAGGUUUUUUUUACAAAAUACGACUAUUUUGCCAGACUGUCAAAUAAAACUGGGAAAAAUUAUAUCUUGUAUUGAAAGGCGACUUUUAAAAGGGGCUUAAGUAAAAAAAACAGGCAUUAGUUGCUUAAGAAUAUCCAGAUAAAUGCAAAGCUUCACUUAUCUUUGAAACUGAGCUGCGCGCCUUGACCUUUCAUGACGUCUUAUAUUCGGCACAUGACAUUGUAUCUCGAAGAUGUACAUACUUUUUUACAGACUCUGUUUCUUCUUCACGGUCCUUUUUGUCGUCGGAUUGACCCACGGCGGUCGCGCACAUGGUCUCGUUAUUUUUAUUGGACAAAUGCAAUCAAUUAGACGUUCUAUAAUCCCACGAAAGUACUGCCAGAAUUCUUCGGAAUCUUCCAUUGCUGAUAGAAGCGAACAGGCGAGUCCCAGGUAGCAGUUCAGAAGAUGAAGAUGCGAUCACUGUCCCAGUGAUCGCAUCUUCAUCUUCUGGAAUCUUCCAUGUUGGCUAUCCAGAUUUUCUUCAGAAGAGUACGUCUCAUUGCGUUAACGCCCCUCUCUAAAUAUUUCUGCGCCUCUUGAUUUUUGGUUGUUGGUUCGAUAGGAGAGAGCACACACAGGUAAAAGCAAUAUGAUUAUUUAAACCGAGUGGAGGCUGUGGAUUCACAUCUCGUAUGACUCUUUCUUCUUUACUGAAAACAAGAUCUGAGCAGUUGGAUCGAUGUCCUUCUCUCAAUCUUGUUAGAAAUUUUAUGCGUUUAAUGAGGUAUUCAUUCAGAAAGAACUGUGGUAGCUUGUGGUCGAAUGACGUGGGCAGGGCAUUCGUUAAAGGAAUUUUUCCGUCUAUUCCUGGAGCGUUAGUCACCCAGAAGUAGUAGGUUCUACUGCCUACAUAACAACUUCAGUGCACUUAGUAAUUCCAUAUCGGUGAUUUCAUUCGAGCUGGGAGGCCAACAGACAACACAUAGGUUAAGUGUCGGCAAUUGUUUGAUACAUAACUUGCAUAAAAUUACAACAAAAUUUCGCCGUGUCACAUCGGAUGUUUCUCGUUGACAGCACGGAAUUUCAUUUGACACAUAAAUCGAUGUGCCUUUUCUACGGUGUAUGCCACCUCCUCUACGUCCGCCAGCAAUUCGUCCUUUCGCACACAAUACUGUUGACAAUAAUGCCCGAAAAUUUUAAACUGGACGUCUUGAGAAAAAAAUGGCGAGCCCAGAACGAAACAGUGGAAAACCUUCUGAAAUUGAGACUGGGGGGCGCGUUUAGAAAACUGUCACUUUCAAAAAAGUCAUCAGAAGAAAAAUUACGAAGGGAUAUGGAGGAGCAGUGCAGGCACAUCCUGAGGGUAGAACGAAACUAAAAACGUUAAUCAGCAAACGAAAACGAAACGUCUUUAUAAUGCGCUCCGGGAUGUUAGCUGGUGGCCGAUCUAGGGUGGGGUCUACAAUAGAGGGUGAGACCUCGACAUCUCUAUGGCCUAACGGAACCUUGGUAAGGGUUAGUGAUGAGCAAAAUAGAUGUGAUUUACAUCAUGCGCGUCAAUACGACCCCGAUUAUUUGUCUGGGAAUUGGAUUAGCUUUGACGUCUUACUUUUCGAGUGACACAAUGCAUGGGUUCACGAGAUAUCGGGACUAGUGGAACCACACACGGAUAGGGAACUGCGAGCGGGAUGAGGUGAUUUGGCAACGGCGGGGCCUAAAAUUCCCAGUGGCACCUUUUCAAAGUCACGGAGAAAUGUGGUCGUGAAGGAUGAGGAUAAUGAAAAGUUGAUGGACCCAGUAAUAAGAUAAAGACGCAGUCUUCUGCGAAAAGCAUAUAAACUUUCUGACGGUCUAAUAUCAAUUGGCAGGUUAUAACAAAGGAACUUAUGCCCGGGGGUAAAAGAAUAGAGAGCGUUUAAAUAUGGAAGGGAGGGGGUCUUAUGUGGACACUCUGGCGCCCUGGCUCCAUGAGGCGAUUGAACGAGCGUAGACAGACGAGGUUGUUCCUGGUGACUGGGGCUUAGGCAUCCUUGUACCUAUCCUCAAGAAGGGAGAUAAGAGGAGAUGCGAGAACUAACGCGGCAUAAGUCUCAUCGACGUCGCUGCGAAGAUUUUCGCUAUUGUCCUACUCAGGCGAUGCCAGGCUGUGUGUGACUCAAGGACGAGGCCCAACCAAGCCGGAUUUCGUGCUGGACGUGGAUGCGCAAACCAGAUAUUUACACUGAGGCGCAUUCUCGAAUUUCGCCAUAGCUACCAGCAACCGACGGCCGUCUGCUUCAUUGACUUUGCUGCCGCGUUCGCUUCUGUUCAGCGUGAGUCCCCGUGGCGGAUGAUGGCGAUAGAUGGUGUACCGGCAAAAAAUCCUCGCCAUGAUCAAGGCCUAUUAUCGCUCCACUACUGCGAGAGUCCUGGUCAGCAACAAUCUUUCUUAACCGUUCGGUAUUCGGUCUGGCGUCUGACAGGGUUGUAUCCUGUCACCCAUACUGUUCAACUAUGCUAUUGAUUGGAUCCUCGGGAGGGCCCUACGUGAGAGUGACGACGUUGAGUUUGCACCCGAACAUCGACUGACUGAUCUCGACAAUGCCGAUGAUAUCGCUUACUUGCUUCAAGUUUUGGUGAUCUAUGCUGUCACGGGUGAACGAGGUCGCUAAAUCGGUUGGUUUGUCCAUAAACGCUGGGAAGACCAAAGUGUUUUCAAGCUACAUUCCUGACCAGGAUAAGGCACCCCUCGGGAUUGAUGGCUGUCAACUUGAAGUAGUAGUAUACAGUUUUAAAUAACUCCGGGCGAGGCUACUGCCUAACGAACAGAGUAAGGACAAAAUUGUCUCCCGAAUCGAUGCUGCCCGCUGGGUUUUCUCAAGCCUUCGAAAAUGCCUAUGGCACCGACGUAACCUCUCCAUUGCCACUAAGAUUCACGUGUACCGUGCAUUUGUCCGGUCUGUCCUUCUCUACAGUUAUGAAUGCUGGGCUUUGCGCGUGGAGGACGAGCGAAAACUGAAGGUAUUUUACCACCACUGCUUGAGUAUCAUCCUUCGAGGGAAGUUCACCGCUUUCGUCUCAAAUUAGACAGUCCACGCUCGCUGCCACAACAUCGCAAGGACAACUCCGGCCAUCCAAGAAAGACGACUGAAGUAGUUCGGGCAUGUUAUUCGUCGUCCACCCCAGGAGCUCGGUGUUACUGCCUUCGAUGCGGCACCGUUGCCCCAUUGGAGGCGUCGAAGAGGGGGUCAGUUCAAAACCUGGCUCGACACAGUUCGUCAACACAUGGAGGUGGUUAUUGGACCUUCAGUAUUCGGUCUAUGUAGUUGGUGAAGAGAAUGGGUUGAGCUGUCCAGAUCUGCUGCCGCGGAUCGUCACGCGUGGAAAGAACAGUUCGGGACAUCAUCGAGGCCGGCUAUAUCAGGCAUGAUCGCAGCCGUAUCAAGUACAGGUAAGUAAAAGGGAGAUAUAUAAUACAAGCAGAAUUACGAAGGUUGUACGGACGACUUAUAAGGGGUAAGGCCUGAAAUCUGUGGAGGAUUUGGACUUUUGUUAAAGUGAAACAGGAGACUGAAGCCACCGUCUAGUCACCGAAUUCGCAAAUUUUUAGUUUAACUGGCAGGUCCAAACAACUAACCUGUUGCCCUCCUCGUUCGUUUGUUGGAACCUGAAAAUGCUUUGGAAAAUGCGUCUCAUACGCGGUCGUCGCAGUACAAUAUCCAAAAGCUGGCUCAGGAUAUCUCUUGCAUUUCACUCCACUGAAUGCUCAGUGUAUUGGCGUCGCCAAUGAGGAGGUGAAAAUGCCGACUAUACGUCUCAUUCAGGGCCGAGAACACGGGACAAACGCUAAUAUGCGUUUGUAGCGACUUGCAACAGUUAGCUUAAUAUUAGUAGUGAAGGUUAUUCAUCGCAAUGAAUAGCGAAAUCGGUCGCCGUCUUUAGCCAAGAUGGGAAUGGUGACUCAUAGCAGUGGGCCGAAGCUACUUCUUUAUUAAAAAACAGCAAUUUCCUGGUGACAACGACACAGAUAUUACGACAACACUGCGACGUAUUAGUAUGAAUGCGCAUAAAAACACCAGGAGUUCAGAAAUUUAGAAUAUGAAACAUACUUCCUAUGGCAAAGGCAUCGAAAAAAACAAAUAUAAAGCGACGCCUGCCAUAUCCCAACUAGAUUAUAAAACCAGCGACCUUUAUAAAAUUAUACCCGGCUCAGGAAGGUAAUGUCGGUUUAAGAUAAACUAGAUCUAGACGCUUGCAUAAAACAUACAAUAUUAUUUAGGCGCGCACCAUCUUUAACUUUGGGAUCUGGAACUCUGCUACCUUCGAACUCUGAGCACCGGUAAGCCCCUGAAUCCCGUUCCUGUUUUUCGCUCGGAUGGACGUGGCACUCGAUCUUACCCGUCAGAGUCGUGUGCAGAUGGUCUUUAGUUUCUGAAUUAUGCCCUUCCAGGAUCUCCAUCAUUUACGAACUCAGAUAAGCUGGAAAGUGAUCAGUACUUGUCUUUUUCCUUGAUCUAAGAGAACGUCAGCUCAUAUCUAACUUGUCGCAUUGUCCUUUGUUUGUUUGCUCUCGUGGCGUCGGCGGUUUCGUUUUCCCUCUUGGGUACUAUCCAUUUUUUCCUUACUUCCAACUUUAGCUUUAACGAUGGCGGCCGUUAUUAUUCGUCUACAGAACCUCCCAAUGUCUGCAAAUACCUCAAGCAUUCGUCGUUUUUUUGGUGGUCUAAAUAUCCCCGAGGGCGGCGUUCACAUAGUUGGCGGAGACGACGGUGAUGCGUUUAUCGCGUUUGCCACGGACGAAGAUGCUCGGAAGGCAAUGCUGCUUGAUCGGCAGACCAUAAAUUCCGCCGUAAUUCGUCUGUUCUUGAGCAGUAAGGCUGAAAUGCAGUCAGUAAUUGAGUCUGCUCGUAAUUCCGUCAUGUUUCCCACUGGUAAUACCCAGGCCCUACAAGUCAGUCAUCUAAGUCGUCCCGAAUUUGCAAAAGUGCCGGAAGCCACUCAGCCUGUCCCAUCCUAUAAUGGUUCUGCACAUUCUUCUGACAAAGUUAUCUCACAUGAUCCCUAUGCCAGUUAUGGGUAUCCGUCUCACCCGGCCAUUCCUAAUUCUUUUCAGUCUACCGCCCACCCAGUUUCUGAUCCCGUCUCGAGUGCAAACAUGCAAUUCGGUAGAAUAAGUCAGCCAUCGGUGGCUACUACGGGUGGCGAACCGCCUCUUGCCGACCGUUUUAAGUUCGACUACGAAUCUCGUCAGUGGUCUCAUAGUAACUCCGAGCGCAUUCCUUCGGGACCGUUUAAGCAAACUCCCUUCUCGGAUACUAGCAACGAUGUCAUCACAGAGUACCAAGUCCGUCCUCCCAAUCAGGAAGUUUCGGCUGUUCCAGCUAGCCGGUCGUCCUCGACCUCGUCCACAUUUCCUGAACAGCGAUCCGACUACGGUUAUGCUUCGUAUCACCACGCGUACGCCGAUAGAAAACCACAGGAAAGUCGUGUCCAUCCUGAAUUUACGAGCCCAGGCAACCGCUUGCCGCCGCAAAAUGACCGCUCAGCUGAGCAACUGGCCUAUCAAAAUCCGCCGUAUACCACUGAUACCCCAGUCGGUGGCUAUGACACUUCCGUCCAAGAUAGAAUGUUGCCGCCUGAUCGUGUAUCGAGGGAUACUCCAGUCCCACGAAAAUCCGAAGAACGUGACUUUUCUGUCCGCCCACCCUGGCUUGGAGAGGAACCCGUGUUCCCAAAGAGGACGCCGCAAUUCGAUGAUUCUGAAAAAAUGGGACAGGCACCUCCUUUCAAGCGAAUGCGCUCCGGACCCAUGUCCCAGGAGUUGGGUUCGGACACCAACUUUGUCUCGAAGGUCUUGCUGCACCCACCUGAUGUUUCAGUAAAAGCCAUCUUUGACAUUUUACAAGGCGUCAGUAUCAUCCCCCGGUGGGGAAUACGUCUAGAGGAAGACGCGUUAAAGCGCUUUACCGGUUAUGUGUACGUAAUGAUGAACGGCCACGACUCCAUGGAACGGGCAUUGAGUUUUAGUGGAACAAAUUACAAGGGUAGACCUGUGAAGGUUGCAGCGUCCUCUCCUGAAGAAUUUUAUCGUGUCACCGAUACGAACUUUGAGCUAAAAUGUCCACCAGACGUACAUAAGAAGAUACCUCCUCGAUCUACCGUAAAGCCGCCUUACUUCGCUGAUGGUUGUAUGGAGAUUUGUGAUUUGCCGCCUGAUACGACUCCAUCAGAAGUUGUCGCUUUUCUUGGCGCUCCUGGGCUUAAGGUCAGUGAUGUAGCAAUUAUUCCUCCAAGUUAUGGUGAGUCGAAGAGUCUUCGUGCGAUCGUUCGCCUCCCUUCUCCUAAAGAUCUCGACAUCCUCUUGAGUGCGAGGCCAAGACCAUUUAGGGGCAAUCAAGGCAGCCCAGUACGUUUACUAGCUAUAUCUCGACUUCAAUACGACUUCUUUGCCUUGAGGUCAGCUCCAAAACCGCCCGAAAGCAGACCUAGCGCCCCUAGAUCCGAACCGAAACAACAACCAGUAACUCCUAGCCAGCCGCCAGCUUCAACUCCGAAAACUUGUGCCCUCAUGUCCGGUUUUUCUAAAGCGAUGAAGCCGUUUGAAGUGUCUCGCCUCUUUCCCAGCGUCAUUAUUCCGGGCGAUGCCAUCCACACGCUGCCUGGAGGUAGAGAUGCCCUUAUCGACUUUAUCAGCGAAAGCAAUUGUAAGAAAGCCAUGUCAGACUACUCGGCCUCGGAGGCAAAGCUUAGGGAAUCACACUCGGAAAUAUCUAUGCAGGCUAUUACGAGGUCGGAAUUUGAGAGCAAGUUGCACGAAGUUCCCGGCUCUGAUACCCCUGUCCAGAGUGAUACCUAUCCCCGCCCUCACCAACCCAGCAAUUCAGAACGGGAAUCCCGCGAAUUUCGCCCCCCUCCCAGAGAUAACAUCCGAUUCCCACCGCACCAGCCUUAUCCAAGCGAUUCGCCAAGAUUUCGACCGCCGUCGCAGUUGAGACCGCCAUUCUUUGAUGAGAAGAAUGGCCCCCCAAAUCGUCCUGAACCCUUCCAGCGUCGACCUGAACCAUUCGGGGGUUCUCGGCCGCCGCGUCCUCCGCACCCAAGUGGUUUGCCCCCUGUUCGGACUGAGUUCCCCAGAGGAGUGCCGUUAUACAUUAGCAAUCUUUCUCCAGGAACAUCUCCUGAAAUGCUUUUAGAUAUUUUCCGCCAAUACUAUCCUCUCCCUGGUUCAAUUAGGCUCCGCCGUGAUGCCCGAGGCCAUCCUAUGGGUGAAGCUAUGGUAGUUCUUCCGUCGAAUUCCGAAGCUGAAAGGGCAGUUCGGGAACUCAGUGGGUACAGAAUAUACGGCAGGAACAUGAUCCUUCGUCACGAGCGCGGCGAAUAG